CUUUAGGGAAAAAAAUACAUAUAAGAUAUUCUAAAAGUAGAGAGUGCAGGCAUACUCAAUUUCCAUCCAACGACUUGCAUGCUAGUGGACCCGAAACAUUACGAGAGAGAGGAGGCAAACUUCGAGGCGGCUAGGGUUUCCCAUUCCCUCCGUAGGUGCCGCCACCGGCCCUUCUCGCCUCUGAUGGCCUUCUUGGCCUUGGAGGUGUGGCAGAUUUCGGCCGCUCGCCGGCGGAAUGACUUUUUGUUUCUUGUUUUAGGUUAUUUAGUGUCUUCUUUGAUAUGGUGAGGCGACGGCGACUUCUUGCUGUCAUAGUAAGAUCCUUCCCACCCUAUCCUCGCUUCGGAGUUGUGCAUUUGGCAAAUCCCUUGGGAUUUGGUCGAUUUUUGUGUUUGUUGGCGUUGUUUCAAGUCUGGUUCGUCCGAUCUACUUUUCUUGAUGGUUCCUGCUAUGGUCCUUUGGGGCCAUAACACGACGACUACCCUGUCUGCUACAACAAAUUCUGCUUUGACAAGCUUUGUCCAGGGCUUGUAGCCUUUGGCUCGCUCCAGGACUUGUAGCUAUCACUAGGUGGUCAAAGGACCUACUUUAUAAUCUUAUUACUUUUAGGGCUUUUUGUACGUACUAUUGUUGACGAUUAUUAAUAAAUCGGUGGACCUUUUCAGAAGAAAAUCAAUCCACAGUAUAAUCUUCAUGUAAAUACAAAAAAAAUUCAACCAUAUCUUAGAAACAGGGCUCCCUAAAAAAGCCCAGAAACUUGGCUCCAGCCCGGCCCUUUUUGAUGUUGAACAUUCUGCGCUGAACCAUGCUGUCCAGUGUCCAUGCACCAUCCAGCCGACAGCAACCAGACAUAUCCCUCGAGUCUUAUUCAGAAUUUCAGAGCAAAAAUCAUCACACAGCGCUGGAGAAGAAGGAAGCUACAUAGGCUGGCUCGAUCAUACAUUGGCUUAUAUAACCCAGUGUCGCCGGAAGUACAUCUCUAAUACUACGUCACUAGAUUAACAAUCGCCAUGACUCGGAGCAACGAGCCUCUCCUCUCUUCUCCAUCUCAAAGAGAUGGCCACCCAUGCAAAGUCAUCUUGGUAACACUUACACUCUCUUUAGCCACUCUGCUCUGCGUCGUCGCCGCCUGCUUCCUCCUUCCCAACCCUGCCACCCCGGACCUCUGCAGGAGCUCCCCGGAUCCGGCCACCUGCCACGCUAUCGUCGCCGACGCCGUCCUAGCAUCUCAGACCCCCCACCCGACCCCCCCGGUGCAAGUCCUCCGCGCAAUACUCGCCAGGUCUCUCCACCAGCAUGACGCGGCUGCCUCUGCGCUGGCCGGCAUGCACCGGCGCGCCGUAAGCGACCGGAGCGGGCAGCGCGCGCCGCUCGCCGACUGUAUCCUGCUGCUGGAGCUCGCGCGCGACCGUCUCGCGGACGCCGCGGUGGCGCGCCACGAAGACGACGCGCGUACGUGGCUCAGCGCGGUGCUCACGGACCACGUGACGUGCCUGGACGGCCUCGACGACGAUGAUCAGCCCCUACGAGACGUCGUGGGGGCGCACCUGGAGCCACUCAAGUCCCUGGCCAGCGCGUCGCUCGCCGUUCUCAACACCGUGAGCUCGGACGACGCUCGGGACGUGCUGCAGCUCGCCGAGGCAGUAGACGGGUUCCCAUCGUGGGUGCCGACGAGAGACCGCGCGCUGUUGGAAGGAGGAGGGGAGCGUGCCGUUGAGGCGGACGUGGUCGUGGCCAAGGACGGGAGCGGCAGGUACAAGACGGUGAAGGAGGCGGUGGACGCUGCCCCGGAAAAUAAGGGCCGCCGGUACGUGAUCCGCGUGAAGAAGGGGGUGUACAAGGAGAACGUCGAGGUUGGGAGGAAGAAGCGUGAGCUGAUGAUCGUCGGCGACGGCAUGGACGCCACGGUGAUCACCGGCAGCCGCAACGUGGUCGAUGGCGCCACCACUUUCAACUCGGCCACCCUAGCCGUGGCGGGCGACGGGAUCAUCCUGCAGGACCUGAAGAUCGAGAACACGGCGGGGCCCGAGAAGCACCAGGCGGUGGCCCUGCGUGUGAGCGCGGACCGCGCCGUGAUCAGCCGCUGCCGCGUGGACGGGUACCAGGACACGCUCUACGCGCACCAGCUCCGGCAGUUCUACCGCGGCUGCUUCGUCUCCGGCACGGUGGACUUCGUCUUCGGCAACGCCGCGGCCGUGCUCCAGGACUGCACGCUCGCCGCGCGCCGGCCCAUGCGGGCCCAGAAGAACGCGGUCACGGCGCAGGGCCGGGAGGACCCGAACCAGAACACGGGCACGUCGCUGCAGAGGUGCCGCGUCGUGCCGGGGCGCGACCUGGCGCCCGUGGCCCAGGCGUUCCCGACGUUCCUGGGCCGGCCCUGGAAGGCCUACUCCCGCACGGUUUACAUGCAGUCGUUCUUGGGCCCUCACGUGGACCCCAAAGGGUGGCUGGAGUGGGACGGGGAAUUCGCGCUCAGGACGUUGUUCUACGGGGAGUACCAGAACGAGGGCCCCGGGGCCGGCACCGCCGGACGCGUCCGCUGGCCGGGGUACCACGUCAUCACUGACCGGGCCGUGGCCUUGCAGUUCACCGUGGGGAAGUUCAUCCAGGGCGGGCGCUGGCUCAAGGACACCGGCGUGGAUUACGACGAGGGGCUCUGAAUUCUGAUCCAUGGCUUCGUCUGGUGCGUGCGCUACCACUUUCUUUUCAGGAAAAAACAACGGCAUGGCUUUAUUGGGGAAAGACCACGCCAGCAACAAAAAUCCACAAUGAAAACCAGAAGCUCUGUCAAGAUCCUUCGAAGUUAACAUAUCCGAUCCGUUGUUUGUACCUGCACGACUAUCUGUGUAACCAUUGAUGAAAUUGCAAGUCGUUAAUACGUCUAUACGACCUUGUUUGACUGUAUAUAUAGGUUUCAAAGAUUAAGACAUGUACUGUGCAAGUUUGAAAUGCGAUUCUGAUAA